CUACUUUCCUGCUUAGCUGUCACACUGCUUCCAGUACAGAGCAAUUUUUGAUGAAUCUGCCAAAAAGGAUGAUGAGGUAUUUCGCACAGCAGUUGGUGACCUCAACCAGAAUGAGGAGAUCUUACAGACUGAGAAAAUCACAUUUUCGGUGACAUUUGUUGAUGGCAACAACCCUUUUCAAGCAGUUCAGGAAGCCUGUGAACUUAUGAAUCAAGGCAUCUUGGCCCUGGUCAGCUCCAUUGGCUGCACAUCAGCGGGAUCCCUCCAGUCUUUGGCAGAUGCCAUGCAUAUCCCCCACCUCUUCAUUCAGCGCUCCACAGCUGGGACCCCAAGGAGUGGCUGCGGACUCACCCGGAGCAACAGAAAUGAUGACUACACUCUCUCUGUUCGGCCACCUGUCUACUUAAAUGACGUUAUCCUGAGAGUGGUCACGGAAUAUGCCUGGCAGAAGUUCAUUAUAUUCUAUGAUAGCGAGUAUGAUAUCCGUGGAAUCCAGGAGUUUCUGGACAAAGUGUCUCAGCAGGGGAUGGAUGUUGCACUUCAGAAGGUAGAAAGCAACAUCAAUAAGAUGAUCACCACGCUCUUUGACACCAUGAGAAUAGAGGAAUUGAAUCGCUAUCGAGACACUCUUAGGCGAGCCAUCCUUGUUAUGAAUCCUGCCACAGCCAAAUCCUUCAUUACUGAGAUAAAAGGCAGGCAGAGGAUAUGGAUAGGAGUCUCUCCUAGGAAGGCCUCACAGGGUCCUGCUUGCUUACAAACUGAUGCUACUACUCGGAAAAUUUACAUAUCACUCUCACAUCAGGCUGCAGCCAACACCACUGUCCAGGGUCUCCAGGCCACAGCAAAAUGUCUCCUCCAACCCAACAGCAGGAUCUCAAAGCUAAAUCUUGCUCCCCUAAGAACUGAGCUCUCAGUCGAGGUUGGACCAUAUUCCUUGGAGGACGAGCGGAUCUAA